AGUGGUUCUAAGAUGUUUGGAAGGAAUUCGAAUAAGAAGAGGCAUUAAUAAAUGUCAUUGAAUUUGCUGUAACGUGACUUUCUUCAUGAAGAUAUGGAAAAACUUAAGGAGCAGUUAAAACAUUUUGCAGAAUCCACAACAGCACAUGGUUUGGCUAGAAUCCCUACAUCAAGGACAAAAAUCGUUAAGUUCAUUUGGAUUAUUAUCAUCUUAGGUUGUGGUAUCACAUCAUUUGUUUUCUUGUAUCAAUCAUUUGCUAAAUAUUUAGCCUUCAAGCCCAAAGACGUAGUUUCGAUUUCAAGAGAGAUCACAGUGAAAUUUCCUUCUGUAACAGUUUGCCCAUUAUAUCCUAUAGCAACAGGGAAAAAUUUCAAUAUUUAUGACUAUCUAGAUAAUAAUUCAACGUAUGUAUAUAAACUCAAUCAAAUAAUUUCUGGAUUUUAUGAGAAAUUCGAUGAACCUGAAGAUCCAUUAUACGCAAAGUACAUACGUCACAAAAACCGUGUAGUUGCAUGGCAAUGGAUUUAUGAAAACAAUCCGAAUAUAACUAACGCCUCACACUCAUGGCCUGAUCUAGUUCCAAUAUGUAGUUUUAAGGGUAAGCCUUGUAAAGCAGAACAUAUUGAAAAGUUUGUGGAUCCUAAUUAUUAUAACUGUUACACGUUCAAUGGUAUGAACUCGAGUACUCUAAAUGGUGAAAAUCACACAUCAACGGAGGAUGAAAUGAUAGUUGAGUCGAUUGGCCCAACUUCAGGACUGUCACUCAUCAUGUUCCUUGAUCUACAUGAGGAGCAGCGAAGUAUGUUUAACCCAAUGAUUCCAACAAGUGGAAGUGCAGGCAUAAGAGUGGUAAUCCAUGAGACAGGGACGGUACCAGAUCCUACAGCAAAUGGGUUUGAUAUACCACCAGGUUUUUCAACUAAUGUACCCUUACGGCUGAUUCAGCGGAAUCAUAUGGAAGAACCCUGGGGGACGUGUGAUAAGAAGGCUGACCCAUAUCUGAAGGGAUCAAGAUACACAUACUCAAGAUCCAGUUGCAAAAGACAAUGCGUACAAGGUUUGUUGAAAGCCAAAUGUGGCUGUAUAUCAUCCUUAUGGCCAAUAAACAAUGAUGCUGAUGACUCUAAAUACUGUGGGACUUUUAACAUUGAUGAAUGGAUCAAACAAGAAUCAAAUAGAAGCAUUCUCGAAGAGGACCUUCUACGUUUAGAUUGUGAAGAAGAUCUUUUAUCCCAUCUCACAGAGAUAUCAGAGUUCAUACAAUCUCCAGAUUGCCAAUCAAAUCCUGAUUGUCAUGAUUGUGACUGCCGACCUGCAUGCGAGCAUUAUAAAUAUUAUCAGGAUAUCUCCAUGUCAUAUUGGCCUAUGGAGUCCGCACAAAUGACUUUCUAUGAAUCCCUCAUGACAAUGCCUGGCUACAAUGAUUCUACAAUAUAUAAACUAUUACAUAAGCCUCACGAUGAUUUGGGUACAGCUGACAACAGUUCACAAGUCAAUAAAGACUUGAUUCGGAAAAACUUUCUCCGUCUUAACAUAUACUACAAAACAAUAGAAACGGAGGUGAUAUCCAUGUAUGCUGAAUUCACUAGUGGGGAACUAGUGGCAGAAGUCGGAGGAACUCUGGGAAUUUUUCUGGGUGUUUCAUUCGUGACACUCUGCGAGGUUGUAGGCCUUCUGUCGAAUUUAAUAUCCUCGCUUUUGUGUAAUAAAAAUAGAAAAAUCAAAGACACUCAUGAUCUGUCAGAAAAAAUAUCCAAAUAUGAUGCCAAUGAUGUAAAAAUUGUCAAUCAAUAAUUAACAGUUCAAAUUAUCUGAAGUACCGAAAAGUGCUUUGUGGUUGAAAAUCAACCAAGCCAUGGUACCGAUAGCUCCAAUUCAACCUUUUAAUUCCUUUUUUACAGUUAUUUUCAUAUGAUAUGUUAUCUAUUGACCAAAGGGCAUGUUUGAACUUAUAACGAGAAGGAGAUGAUUUAGAGUUGUUCAAAAUGAGUGAUGAACUACAUGUACAGAUUAUGUAUAUAUUUUAAUCAAUAAAUCUAAAUUGUAG